AUGUCUUUCGGCAUCAGCUAUGCGGGGGCCAACUCUAGUCCUACCCUUUUUAGUACUUCAACGAAAAUGGCUUAUUCCAACACAUAUGGCCACUUGAAGGUCCCGACUAAAAAUCCAUAUUCCAAUGCACACAGUGGUAAGAAGAACCAUACUCCAAGAACCAAGAAGAAGAAGAAGAAGAAGCAGCAGCAUCAGCAACAGCAGCAACAGCCUUAUUAUUGUGCAUCUUCCAAAAGAAACAGCGCCGCCAUUGCCGGAUCAAGACAAUCUCAGACAUCGAUAUUCGACGCCAUUUCUUUAAUAGAUACUUAUAUGUGUGAAGGAUCAGUUAUUGAUUUUCCUCUCCAUGAAACAGAGAAAGUCAAUCCUUUUGCUCCUUUGCCAGAUAUCGGGCUUCCAAAAUAUCAAAGUAUCAUUAGCAAACAAGCAGGAAAUACAACUUCGUCACAUUACGAUUCUAUGGUCAAGUCAAUUGAGGAAACUUUUGACACCAAAUCGAAUUUGGGCGAUGCCGAUUUAAGAAUGUCACUCAUUUCAAAAGUUUUCUCUGAAGAUGAAUUGGUACGUUUGAGCGGGCUUAUGUCCAAUUUCAUGGAUGAAACCGAUAAUCACGAUCAAGCGCUAGUAAUUGAAGAAGAAGAAGAGGAGGAGGAGGAGGAAGAGGAAACAGAAGAAGAAGAACACGAACAUUCAGAUCAGGGAGAAAGUCUUCACAAUAAAAACUUCAAGAGAAAUAAACCAUUUCUUUGCUCGUUUUCAGAAGCGAAAGAAUAUAAGAGAGAUGUACUUCUUUGGGACGAUGAGUGUCCAACAAAAAUCAACGGCACGCCUGAAUUCAGAGAGGACCUUGCCCUUCAAGGCAAACUUUUCGAUCAAACUCCAAUUGCUAGUGAUGACGAUUGUGAAGGUGAAUUCGAUAUACCUAUUGGAAUCGACAGCUCGCCUAUCCAAAGAAACAGGUUACUGAGCAAAGAUUCAAGUACUUCCUUCCACCUUGGUAUCAAUUCUUCUUUCGAGCACUCUGAGUUUCUGUUACCUGAAUUGGACCUUGAAGAUGGAGCAAAGAAUCAAGAGCCACAACCAGAACAAGAAGGAUUUGAUUUCAGCAGGUUUGUCGAUAAGCAUUUCUCUGGGAACUCGGUUGCCACCGUCAACAUCGAUCUUCCAGAAAAAGAAGAAGAUGCGAUUGCUCCGGUUGUUACUACUGCUGCUGCCCCUUCUAAUGUCCUCAAGAAAAUCCGCAAGAUUAGAAACAAGAUCAAUUUCACUCCGCACGAGGUGACGUUAUUGCAAAUGUCUUGGGAUGCGGUGAUCGAAGGUAGCCAUGCCCAAGGGGAUGCAAUUUCCGUGAUCCCAUCGGUAUUGCAGAAAACUGAAAACAACAAGCGGGCCUAUGCUUUUGCUAGACAAUUCUACAACAAUUUGAUUCGCCAUUCCGCAUUCAUCAAAUCGUUUUUCCCAGAAUCCACCAAAAGUCAAGCAGUGGCCUUUGGAAGUAUUUUGACCGACACCAUCACUUUAUUGGGCGAUGACCCCCGGAUCAAGCGCUACUUGACAGCCCAUCACCAUAUUAACCAAGAACGCAAUUUGAACACUGCUGGCUGUUGUUCAAAAACCAUUUUUGGGCGCAAUUCGGUGGAAAUCGAAGCAAACGAGCACUAUUUCAGUAUUUUUGGCAAAGUGUUUCUCAGAACUCUAAAUGAGAACUAUCCUUUAGAGUUCAAUGCUGAAUUGGAGAAAUGCUGGAGCAAAUACUAUCAAUACUUGUUCAGUUGUGUGGUUGGUGGAUACAAAGAAUAUAGUAAAAGAGUUGCUUCCAACACCACCAUUAAUAUCGAUAUCCAUACCGAACUGAUGUCUCCCAAACCGAUGGUGAGGCCUGUGGUGGAGGACGAAGAGGAAAGAUUCCAAGAAUUUAAUACUACAGUGAUGAGUGAAUCUACUGCAAUUGACGCGGCUGAGCAACAACAAGUCUGUGAAGAACCCGAAAGACCCGAUGAUCAGGUUCCAUUUUCUGCUGUUGCGUAUCGUACCAACCCUACUGCUGCCAAAUUACCGGUUACUUCUGUUGAAGUCCCUACGCCAGUUUCUAAUAAUGCCGCAACCAGGAGCAAUAAACGUCGUUUCCCACUUAAGAAGUCUAAAAACCACGGCGAUGCUCUUGCACCAUCUUCUUCUUCAUCACCACCAUCAUCAACCCCAAAUAUUUUCCAACGGUUUUUGAUGUCUCGCAGUCCAGGUUUCCAUGUUGAUUCUAGUCCUGAUAACUAUGUCACCAACGGGAAGAAAAUCGAUCGCCGCAUCAAUGAACGUGCUCUCAACAGCAGCGAGUUCUCAAGUAUUUCAUUGGAUGAGAUCAAGUUAUUGAAUAAGUUGAGAGUUUUCAAAAAAACCGUGAGCCAUCGUUUUUUCAAAAGACAAAAUGUAUCUCACCCGUGGGAAAUCGUCACUCCUUCUAAAUCCGUUGACCCAGUAGGAUUCCAGUAUGAAGCUGAGAAAACUGAACUUACUCCAGUGAACAGUAACAACUACCACCACGAUCAGCAAUUCAACACUCCAAGAUCAUUACCAGAUUUGCCAAUGAAGCAUACUGCCAUUCCUGAAAUCUCCCAUUUUCAAAAUAUUGGGUCUGUCAGCGCGUCGGCAUCUCCAAGAUCGAUGAGCAAAGAGCCUCUGAUUUUUGAUUUGCCUCAAGUUGCAAACUCGUCUUUCAUGAGCGACAGCAAUGUCACGGAUAUCAAGAACCCUUUCUAUACCCAUACUAAUCACCCAAUAUCCGUUCAUUCUUCCAAGAGAAUAUCCGAAAGACUCCAAUUUGCUCAACAGAGACAUAAUAAUGCAGCACAUGUUUCUCGCAACAAAGAGUCGCCACUUCCUACUUUGAAAUCUAUCUUCGUCAAUGGAAGUUUUCAAAGUGAGUGA